GUCUCCAAAACAUCACACGCACACAACUCAAAACCUAUACAUACAGAAUCUUACACAUAUAUAUAUAUACAAAUACAAAUAUCUAUAUAUAUGCACACCUAUUUCACUACUGGGGAUGAUGAAAAUAUUGAAUAUGAUGAUAUUGCCAAGAGGAAUGGAUCUGGUAGCAUGGAGAGGAUUUAUAUACACUUUGUUUAUACUUCACUUUGUUUUCGUAUGCCAAAUCCUUCUUCUUCAACCCCUUGUUUCUGCUUUAGAUGGAAAAUCCGGUGAUAAUGCGGAGUUAUUUGAGAGAGUUUCACAGAGUAUAAAGGUGAAACAUUAUAGUGAGGCUAUUAAUGAUCUUAAUGCGGCCAUAGAAGCGGAUCCUUCGCUUUCAGAAGCGUAUUGGCGCCGAGCUUCUGUUCUUCGUCAGUUGUGCAGAUAUGAGGAAUCUGAAAAGAGCUACAAAAAGUUUCUUGAAAUGAAACCUGGAAACUCAGUCGUUGAAAAGGAGCUUUCUCAGUUGCAUCAAGCACAAAGUGCUUUAGAAACAGCCAUCACGCUCUUUGAUUCUGGUGAUUAUAUUAAAGCAUUGGAUUUCAUCGACAAGGUGGUACUUAUUUUUUCUCCUGCAUGCUCACAGGCUAAAAUACUAAAGGUAAGGUUAUUACUAGCAACCAAGGAUUAUGCAGGGACAAUUUCAGAGGCAGGAUACAUACUUAAAGAAGAUGAGGAUAACCUAGAGGCUUUACUUCUCCGUGGUCGUGCUUAUUAUUAUUUAGCUGAUCAUGAUGUUGCUACAAGGCAUUACCAGAAAGGGCUCCGCCUGGAUCCAGAGCACAGUGAAUUGAAGAAGGCAUAUUUUGGAUUGAAGAAUCUACUGAAGAAGACAAAAAAUGCAGAAGAAAAUGAAAAGAAGGGGAAGUUGCGUGUUGCCGUGGAGGACUACAAAGCAGCCCUUGCUUUAGACCCUAAUCAUGUGGCACAUAACGUGCAUCUUCAUCUCGGGCUAUGUAAGCUUUUAGUUAAGCUCGGUAGAGGAAAGGAUGCCCUAAAUGCUUGCACAGAAGUUCUUACAAUUGAUGAAGAACAUACUGAAGCUUUGGUUCAGAGGGGUGAAGCCAAGUUGUUGACAGAAGAUUGGGAGGGGGCUGUUGCAGAUAUCAAAGCAGCUGCAGAAAAAUCACCUCAGGACAUGGCCAUCCGGGAAGCACUUAUGAAAGCUGAAAAAGCCUUGAAGUUAAGCCAGCGGAAGGAUUGGUACAAGAUUUUGGGUAUUUCAAAGACUGCAUCCAUAGCAGAGAUAAAACGAGCUUAUAAAAAGCUAGCUUUGCAAUGGCAUCCAGAUAAGAAUGUUGACAAUAGAGAAGAAGCAGAGAAUAAAUUUAGAGAAAUAGCUGCUGCAUAUGAGGUUCUUGGGGAUGAUGACAAGCGUUCAAAAUAUGAUAAUGGUGAAGACAUUGAGGAGGGCAUGAAUAUGGGCGGUGGCAGUGGUGGAUUUAACCCUUUCGGAGCAGGGGGUUUUGGAGGAGGUGGUGGUUAUACAUUUCAUUUUGAAGGUGGCUUUCCUGGCGGUGGAUUCGGUGGUUUUCACAUGUAACUUAUGGUCUUUGUACUUUCUUUGAUCGCCUCCUAUGGACGGGCCGUCAAUCCAACUGACUUACCCCAAGUUGAUAGCAAAACAAUGUAGGAAAUUGAUUUUUCAGUUACCGGAAUUCAAACCAGGAUAUGAUUCCUUUUUUCUUUUGUUAAAAUAUGCAAUCAGUGACCAUAGACAUAUCAAGUUCACUAGGCUGCAAUGUCCUACAAAAAUCAGGCGGCUUGGAUCAGAGUUAUCAAUUUGAUUUGUGGAAAUUAGAAUAUGUCAUGUGCAUAUAUGUUAUAUACUAUUUUUAGCAUACAUGAUUAUGAUCUUUAAGAUGUGAUCACCUAAUGACAAAGUUUCAUUCUUAAAA